CGGAAGAGAGGGAAUGAGGUUGAAAUGAAGUCGCUUAAAAGUUUUAGAAAGUCAACUAAAAAUAAUUUAAGAAAUAAUUGUAAGUAAUACGCUGAGGCUCAAUUCUUAUUUAAAUUGGUGGUUAAAAAGGAGAUAAAGAGAAACUUGUGUCAAAAAUGAUUAAAGACUUAACGACAAAUAGAGAGGCGUUCACUGUCCAACCGUUGCUUGGCUAGGUGUCAGAUUUACAGAUUAGAGAUUACAUUUUUUUUAUUAUAAAUGGAGAUAGUGGUAAUUGUUUGGUUUAGUUCAGUGUUAGAAUUGCAUACAAGGAAGGUAAUUACCCAUCUAUGUGAGCCUUUGAGGAACUACAGUUAGUAAUAGGAUAUGACUAGAUUUUUCAUUCCAUGAUUGCAACAGUUGUUCCAGUUGUUGACGCAGAUCGGUUCGCUACCACCAAAGAAAAUCAUUCAGAAUUGCACUAGACGUUAUGUGAAGAUCAACCUAAAAAAAUAUAUAUAUUUUAAAUGACCCCAAAUCGUGUUUGUUUAAGCUAAUUAUAAAACACAUUGUUUGGUAGUAAAAGCUUUUUGUGUACAAUAUUUUCAGCUUUCUCCAUUCUGUUUUAAUUCUACCAGACAUCCUCAGCAUCCUCCUCUGCACUGAAAGCAGCUGAGAUCCAGACAUGCCUCUGUUCCGGGCUUUGGAUGAAGGGGGGUCAAAGGGUCGGCCCUGGAGGAAGAUGGAGGGGACAGGAGGCCGCCGGAGCACACAUGACGAAGGCUCCGUCCUUUCGCUGACACAGAUGUGCCUCCUAAGCCUGGCAGAGAAUAUGAAGGAAGUGUGGGCUAAAGACUACGCUGACAACUACCUGGACCAUUAUACCUUUAGAUACAUCAUGGGGCCGUUCAACGCGCUGCCUGGGGACCUUGUGGAGGAGCUGACAUGGCUGCUGAGCAGCAGGAAACAGCUGUCUCGGGCCGCCCUGCACCUGCUGCUGGUGCCCCAGCUCAGAGGCCUGUCCCUGGAAGGAUGUCCUGGUUUGGUCACGUCAGCCCUCUGUGCCCAUAUCUCUGCACGCUGCCAGGGUCUGUGGAGCCUGGACCUGUCUGGAGCCCAGCAUUUACCGCCAAAAGUCCUCUCUGAAACCCUCAGCCGUCUGCCCGCUCUGCGCUCCCUCUCCCUUGCCGGUGUGCCCUGUGACAGGAGCGUCAUCAGGACAGUCGUCUCCUGCUGCCGCAUGCUGCGACAUCUGGAUGUAUCCCGCUGCCACUGUCUCUCCCCAGCUGCGCUCCUUCCUCUCGGAGCCCCCUUUCCUCUCCCGCUCAGAAGCCUGCUGGCUAUGGAUAUCGGCUUUGGGGAGCAGGAGGCUGACGCCGCAGCAGCAGCGGCCUACCUUCUCCUCUCCUUACCCUACCUCGAAAGAGUGGCCAUGGAGGACCUUGCACAGGCUUGCCUUCUCAUUGAGCAAAGGGAGUUCAGCCAAGCAGAUGUGUUUGCUGACAGGGAAAGGGUUCCCAGGCUGGAGGAGGUAUGGAAGGGGAGGAUACAAGGGCAGGGGAGAGAUAGCUGGGGACUGAAGACAGAAGGAGCUCCGGCUGAUAAGAAAGCUGCUAGUGAAGAAGAGGAGAGGGCGUUCUGCGUGGUGUAUGACUGCGAGAGUGAGGAAGGUGCAGUUAAUGAUGAAGAACCAUCCUGCUCACAUAAUCAGCCAGGCCUAAUCCUGCCCAUAAAGGAUGUCAAGGGUGUAACUUGUGACUCCUUGGACAGUUUAGGUCAUCUAUGUCCGGGUAUCAGCUCCAUAUCCGUGAAUGUCGAUAAAUCUGAAGACACUAGCGGAAGAAGCCUGGCUUCUGGCCUCCAGAUGUGGUCAGGCCAGCUGCAGAGUCUGUCAGUCCAGUUCCCUGGCCCUCUGGGAGAUCUCCUCUUUGCAUUGCAAGUGGCAGGCCCCUCCUUGGUCUCCCUCACCCUGGAGGGGGUGAAAAGCAACCCGCACAGCCCACUACUGGAGAUCAUCGAGGCCUGUCCCAGGCUCAGAAACCUGCACAUCUCUGCUGAGCCUCCCAGUACAGAGCAGGAAUAUGAGGACCCUCCACAGGACCAGGAUCCCCCACAGCUGCCACAGCUUUGCUCUCUCACUCUCAGUUUCUCCUAUGAGCACAACCAAAUGAAGCCUUCCAUGCUCUGGCCGUCCCUGGAAAAGGUGCUCAGGGGCCUCUUGUCUGGCUGUCCUUUGCUGGAGAAGCUGUCGCUGGUUUCCCUGCCGUGCCCCGUGGAUCUCGUUUUACAGCAGGCACUGCACCGGGCAGACUCGGAUAUGCUUCGUUAUUCGAAUUCCCCAUGUCCGCCCCCCGUGACACUUGGACGGGUACGCCACGUCGACCUGCUGCGAACUGACGUGCAGAUGAAAACUGUGAAAAGAUUAAUGCAACACAGCAAGAGGCUGAAGUUUGUGGAUGUGAGUUAUUGCUGGAAUAUCACUCAUCUUCAGUGGUUAGAAUGCAAGAGGCUCAGUAAAGCUCAGAUUGUCUGGAUGUAGUGAGGAGAAGGCACCCCUCUCUGACAGGAGCUCCCGCAUCCCUAAUGGUCCAAAUAAAAAAUACGAAGCACUUUUAUGCUGUUCAUUUCAAAACAAUGAGAACUUCUGCGACAAGUGUUCUCAUUUUAAAUGACAUUACACAACGGGAAGAGAUUCAUCAUGUUUUCAGUCAUUUGACUGAUUUGCUGAAUUGUGUGGACAUAUUUGUGGACUACAUACAUUUCUUAUGUAGUUUUAAAAAAAGUAAACUGAUGUUAGAUCAGUCAUAUGCAGUUUACAGUUUCAUUUUUAGACAUUAUCACAGUAUGUGAACAAUUAGCAAUGAGCUCAUUCAAUUGUG